AUGUCUUCCUUCCCCGACCUGAUGAAUGAUCCCGCCUUUGACGGCAGAGAGAAAGGCUUUGAUGAUAUGGAUACCUGCCGUAUAUGCCACGGAGAAGCUACUGAUGAAGAGCCUCUGUUCUAUCCCUGCAAAUGUAGUGGCAGUAUCAAGUUCGUUCAUCAAAGCUGCUUGGUGGAGUGGCUGUCACACUCACAGAAGAAACAUUGCGAGCUCUGCAAGACGGCUUUCCGAUUCACCAAGCUAUACGAUCCACAUAUGCCAGAAACCCUUCCAACACCUGUGUUCCUUAAACAAGCCCUGAUUCGAUGCUUCAGAACUUUAGUAACAUGGUUACGCUUCUUCCUCGUUGGUUUUGUUUGGCUAGGAUGGUUGCCUUGGUCGAUGCGCGCAAUUUGGAGGGCUCUCUUCUGGCUCGCUGACGGCCGCUGGUCCGCCAGUGCACGGGUUGCUCAGUCUGUAGCGAAUGGCACAUCAUCUGGACUUACUGACAUGACCUCGACGGCUUCGUCUACCGCCAAUACUAUGCCAUCAGCGCAGUCUUCGACCAGUGGCUUUCCUCCCGGGGAUCCAUUGAUACUCGCCCUGAUCAAGAAGGUAAUCCCAAGCUUGUUUCUUCCGGCUUUGACUUCAACUGUCGGCCAGGACGGUUCAGGCUCAACCCGUGCUGCCAGUACACCAAAACCGCGGCAUCCAUCGUGGCUGUCGGACGUGAAAUGUCUCAAUAAUUUCUCGUCUCCAACAAUUAAUAACAUGAUUAUCGACACCCUAGAAGGACUUAUCAUCACACUUGUGGUUCAGCCCAUGGCCAACAUUGCAGAAGGAGAGCGUGAAGCAGCGCUGCAACUGAUUGCCAAUGCCAAUAACCGUGUCAUUGAACAAGCACAAGCACAAGCGGAAGCGGAAGCGGAACGAGCUGAACCUGAGAGAAUCGGACGACGUGACGAGCCAAUUCAGCUUGGACAUGAAAUUCGUUCUGACACUGCUUCCCCCGCACCGUCCUGGUCCGACUCUGAUGAUGGACUUCCUGUUCUCGAGCGAGUUCCUGAGUCUUUACAUGACACUUUCGCUGCUGGUAAUAUAGUAGAUCCUGAUCGCCCUGUACCUCAAGAUCCUCGAACUAUCGCUGCCUUGAGAGUCAUGGAUGUUACUACUAGGUCGAAUGGCGACCGUGCAGAAUUGCAUCGGAUUAUACACGAGGAAGGUCUACAAGAAGAGAUGGCCUGGCUUUUGGAUAUAGUCAAUCGGGAAGAACCCACCGCUGAGGCUGCUGAAGAUACGAGAAUUGCAGAAAACUUGCAGGAUGCACUUCUUGAUGUGGAUAACGAUACAACUACUGUCUACGAGCGACCAGUUGAUGAGACAAAUGCUUUUGACGAUCCUCAACAAGUGGAGGAAUCAUCCAUCAUUCCACAAUCGAAUAUUCAAGCUCCCAAAGGAGCUGUGGAAAGACUCACCGAUUGGUUCUGGGGUGACAUCCCCAAUGAGAAUGGCUUCAAUGAGGAAUUACCAGAGCAUGAUAAUGAGCAUAUUGUACCAAAUGCAGAUCCAUUUCCUCCAGUGCCAGACCGACUGGAGGAUCCGGCAGCCAAUCAAGUCAUGGCAGCUGAUGCUGGAUUGGACGGAAAUGACAUAGAUGCAAUCGAAGGUGAUGAUUUUGACGGCAUCAUGGAUCUCAUUGGUAUGCAAGGUCCCAUCUUUGGGCUCUUACAAAACGGCGUCUUUUGUGCACUUCUGAUCGCCUUCACGGUAGCCAUUGGUAUUUGGCUGCCUUACUUGUGGGGAAAAAUCGCCCUGGUUCUUCUGGCCAAUCCUGUAGAGCUUAUCGUCGGUGUUCCCAUGACCGCCGUCACCGUUGUCGCCGAUAUUGCCCUUGACACCUUAAUAGGUGCUUUAGGCUACAUUAUGUAUACGAUGACCUCUGUUUUCAGGUUACUGUCCAGUCCAUUCAGUAGUCUUCUUCCUGCUGUUGAAUGGAUCCCACGAGGAAAAUUCGUUGCCACUGCCUCGCUAUCCCUCAUUGAUUCCAGUGCUCACCGUCUAAACAAAGUCGGCAGGGCGUUCCUUGUUUUCCACGAAUCAGAUAUUCCUAUGUUCUCAGUACUCUCGCACCAGGCUCUGAAGCUUCACCAGGCACGUCUCCUCGUAUUUUUCCAAUCGACGUUUGCUGUGUUCAAAUUUGUUUUACAUGACUUUCCCCUGCGCCUGGUCACUCUAGGGGUCCCAGGGGCACUGACGUUCGAUCUUGAUGCUGUUCAACUAAAAAGCUAUGCGAUACAUAUUCAGGAGCAGCUUGUCAACUUCACCAAGAUAUCGCUCUUCUCCAGUCCUAGAGCCAAAUUGAUGAUGGAUGCAAGUGCUGCCAAAGCAGCCUCGGCAACACUUCCAGUUGAUUAUGAUCUUGUCACAUGGGAUACUAAGGACCGUGCCAUCGCAAUCUCAAUGGGAUAUCUUCUCGCAACAGUCAUGGGAUUCCUUUACCUCCGCAUUACUGGGCUCUUAGCUGGCCCCAACCGCGGUCAAAGAGUCGACGGCAUCGUUGGCGAGGUGCUUCUUCAGGCUGCAGGAGUGAUGAAGGUCAUACUUAUCAUUGGAAUUGAGAUGAUCGUUUUCCCUCUCUACUGUGGCUCGUUGCUAGACCUUGCCCUGCUUCCUUUAUUCUCUGAUACAACUGUCGCAUCCCGUAUCGCAUUUACGGCGUCAUCUCCGCUUACAUCGCUCUUUAUACACUGGUUCGUGGGAACUUGCUACAUGUUCCAUUUUGCCCUUUUUGUUUCCAUGUGUCGCAAGAUUUUGAGAAAUGGCGUACUUUAUUUCAUCCGUGAUCCCGACGAUCCAACUUUUCACCCAAUACGCGAUGUCCUCGAGCGCAGCAUUACGACACAGCUUCGCAAAAUUGGAUUUAGCGCGCUUGUAUACGGCGCACUAGUCAUCAUCUUUCUUGGUGGAGUCGUAUGGGGUCUUCACUUUUCGUCUCCUGGUAUCCUCCCAAUACAUUGGUCUGCAAGCGCUCCUAUGCUGGAAUUCCCUGUUGAUCUCUUGUUCUAUAAUUUCGUGAUGCCAUUGGCCAUUCAAUCCGUUAACCCUUCAGAUGGGUUACAUGAAAUGUAUGACUGGUGGUUCCACAAAUGUGCUCAUUUCCUUCGCCUCAGCAAUUUCUUUUUUGAAGAGAGACAUCCUGAAGAAGAGGGAUGCCAUGUUCGACGAAGUUGGUGGAGUCUGCUAUCAGGGGCUCAAGGUGACUGGAAGCAUCCCAUCAUCGGGCCGGAGGAACGGGCAAAUGCAGACCGAGAAGCCCGUGACGUCUAUUUCCUUCGAGAUGGCAGAUAUGUUCGAGCCCCUGCCUCCGACCAAGUCCGCAUUCCAAAAGGGACUCUCGUUUUCCUCGAGGUCACUGAAGGUAACGAGCGUGUUGAUGGCAAACCUGAUCUGGAUGAUGGACUUCACGGUCGUUCAAGUACCAUGUUCGCCAAAGUUUACGUCCCGCCUAAGUUCUGGACCCGUAUCAGCGCCUUCAUUAUUCUCAUCUGGUUCUUCACUGCCAUAUCAGGUGUAGGCAUCACUGUGAUACCACUGGUUGUUGGCCGGAAGUUGAUCUCUUCCUGUUUCCCCAACCCGGCACCAGUCAACGACAUUUACGCAUUUUCCAGUGGGCUGUUCCUUGUUAGUAGCUUUUUCUACACUGCCUGCUACUGCCGUACCGCAAUCUCCUCAAUAAGAGAACAACCGGAAGCCUGUCUUCUUUCUCCGCAACAGCUGGCUCGAUUUUUUGUGGACCUUGCACUUGUUGCUGUCCGCCUAAUCUACAUCUCCAUCACCCUGGUUGUCUUACUUCCAUGUCUUUUCGCACUUCUUACUGAGCUUUACAUACUUAUUCCAGCCCAUACUUUGAUUGGCGACGGACAAUCUCAUGUUGUCCACGUAGUUCAGGAUUGGACACUGGGCGUCCUGUACGUCCAGAUGGCGAUAAAGCUGACUUUAUGGCACCCCGAUUCUUGGCCUGCCGCUGUUCUCAAUGGCAUUUUCCGUGAUGGCUGGCUCAAGCCGAAUGUGAAACUCGCCACGCGGGCCUUGAUUGUGCCCAUAUCACUAUUAACGGCCGUGGCAACCAUCGUACCCCUCUUGCUGGGAGGGAUUUUCCGAUGUUCCGUUUUCUAUUCACAUGAAUCAGCACAGCCGAACGUCUAUCGGUAUGCGUAUCCGGCUACGUUGCUCUUUGUCCUAGUCUCGUGGACAAUUUACCUGCUGCAUCGGCGGGUGGCAAUUUGGCGAAUCAACCUCCGUGAUGAAGUCUAUCUCAUUGGAGAGAGACUUCACAACUUGAGCGAGAAGCGGAGGGCACCGGAUGUUGGCGUCUCCAGUCGGGUCAUCACAGGAUGA